AUGAGCUUUUUUAGACUCCCCAAGACCCUGAUCAAGGUGACUAAUUCAUUGAUGAGUAAGUUUUGGUGGGGCUUUACAGAAAACCUUAAUAAAAUAGCUUGGAUGUCUUGGAAAAAAUUGGGCAGAAAGAAGGAUAGUUGGGGGCUGGGUUUCAGAGAGCUGGAUUGCUUUAAUGUGGCGAUGUUGGCUAAACAGGGUUGGAGGUUACUGAAGUUUCCUAAAUCCCUGGGAGCUCGGGUCAUACGGGAGAAGUAUUAUCCAGGUUCUAAUUUUUUGAAGUCUAAUCUAGGCAAAAGGCCUUCUUUUUCCUGGAGGAGUAUUUGUCAAGCUAAACCUCUUUUAGAAGAAGGAAUUAUAUGGAGAGUGGGUAAUGGUUUAAACAUAAAGAUAUGGGAGGAUAAAUGGCUUCCAUCUACUUUUUCACAUAAAAUUCAGGAUCCUGUUCGGAUUUUGAAUAGAGAAGCUAAAGUUGUAGAAAUUAUUAACUUGGACACAAAUUGGUGGAAUAUACCUCUCAUUGAGCACAUUUUUCCGAUGGAAACAGUAGAAAAGAUCUGUAGUUUGGCUAUUAGUCCACGAACACAGGAGGAUAAACUGAUCUGGGCAGGGACAAAAACAAGGUCUUUUUCAGUCCGCAGUACUUACCAUUUGGAGGUUGACAGAAGAGUUAGAGUGUUGGGGUGUUUCUUAGCCUGUAUGUCAUCGAGCACUGUUUGA